AGAGCGACUGGAAAGGCUCGGUAGCUUUUGUGGUUGGAAACCAGAUUGAAGAUGAACUUCUCAUUGCGGCCCUUACCAUGGUGGUUCAGAUCCCCCAGAGGAGACUCUUCAGUGUCGUGUCCUGGCAAGACAUCCUCCAGCAGAUGGAUGAAAUAAAUGCACUUGUUGCAAGUGCUUCAGUCAAAAAGGGGAAAAAAUCUUCAAGCAUUGGCUUUCCAUUAUACUAUGAGGUGUUAGUAGCAGCCAAAACAAUUAUGGACAGUGGAGAGAAGUUAACCCUGCCACUGAUCGGGAAGCUCCUGAAAUAUCAACUUCUCCAAAUUAAACUAAAGGACCAACAGCGCCGAGAAAGUGAGAAGAAGAUCUCAGAGGACAAGCUGAAGCCUGACAAGGACAAGGGGAAGGCCAAAUCCCCUAAGGAGAAGAAGGCCAAUACCAAGCCCGCCAAGGGCAAGGGCAAGGACCAGCCUGAGCCCACCACAACCAUGAAAAAGGCCACCCAGCUGAAGCGCAGGGGAGAAGAGGAGGAGAUGAAAGUGUACAUUGAUGAUGAACCGGAUGAUGGCGCCCAGCAUUACAUUAUUGUGGUUGGCUUUAACAAUCCUCAACUCUUAGCCAUCAUGACCGAGCUUGGCAUUCCCAUAACCAGCGUGAUUAAAAUAUCUUCUGAGAAUUAUCUUCCUCUGCAGAAACACCUGGCAGCGCUUAGCCAGCAGCAGGAAGCUUUUCUUCUGCCAGAAGAGAUAGAAGCUGCAAAUUGGAAGACAAGGUGUGAUGCAAAGGAACUUGAAAUUUUCUGGAAGUACUUGGAACCGAUCCUGAAUAACAACAAACCUGAAACAAAUCUCUUUGAUGUGUUACGACUUGAAUGCACAGUCAAAGAAGUGGAUUUUCCUUCUGACUGGUCAAAUUUUGAUAUGAUGUUGUACCUGGGCACGGGGAUUUUUGAGGACGUGGCCUGCUUGAUGUACGACAGCCUGGACUGGAAGAGGCAGCAUCAGCAUUACUUGGAAAGCAUGCAGCUCAUCAACAUCCCACAGGUUUACAGUGAGAAAGCUGCACUAGAAUCCAUACCCGAGGGUCCCCAUGUAGGAAAUGAAGGGUGUACGGUAACUGGAUUCAAAUACUUGGUGUGUUUUUCAGUAGCAUCUACCACGGAAAUUGACAUGCGGUAUUACAAUGACCUGAUGAACCCCAUUCCCGAGGAGUUUGUUUCCAUCCCCCUGGUGCUGCACUGCAUGCUGGAACAGGUUGUGGCCAGUGAGGAGGACCGUGUCCCCCCAAGCCUGGUGGAGCUGCCCCCCAGAACCGACGGGCUGGACCACAGGGUGGCAGCCCACAUGGUCUCCAUCCUGCCCUCCCUUUGCCUCACUGCAAAGGAGAGAAAGAAUCUCCAGGAAAUAUUCUCAUGUGAAGAGGAAAGCGAAAGCAAGGCAGUGCCCAAGGGUCCGCUUCUCCUCAACUACCACGAUACCCUCGCCCACAAGAAAUACGCACUGAAGGACCAGAAGUAUUUUGACCCCAUUCAAAUUGAGCAGGAGAUGCGAGCCAAGUCGCCACUGUGGGACUGCCUUCAGUUCCCUCUGCCGCCACCAUGGAACAGCACCAGGCGCCUCGCCACCAUCCAUGAGCUCAUGCACUUCUGCACCAGUGAAGUCCUGAGCUGGAAUGAAGUAGAACGGGCCUUCAAAAUCUUCACCUUUGAGAGCCUGAAGCUCUCAGAGGUCGAUGAAGAUGGGAUACUGCAGACUGUGAGGAUGAUGCACAACCCCGAGGCUGAGACAGCCAACAUUCCCUGGGACAACCCUGCCAGAUUCGCCAGGCAUAUCCGGCAGAGCCGCCUCCGGGAGGCCCAGAGAUACGCAGAGGAGGCCAGCCAGAAAUUGGCACAUCAGAAAGAUGGCGACCUCAAAGACAAAAUCAUCUUCAUGCACCAGAAUUGGACUACAGCUGAGCCAGAUGAUGCUGACAGCAGGAAACAUUCUGAUCGGAGGACUGCAAAGUCUUCAGACCCUGAGAGUAGAGAUCUGACCCAGCCAGAAGCCGACACCAGCAUGUUCCCCAUGUCUCUAGAGCCCACCGUGAACACGGAGAUCAAAGAUGAAGCAAAUACCAAGUAUGCUACUCCUGAAAAGAAACCCAAGAAGAUGGUGGUGGAGGCAAAUUUGGAGGACAUAAAGAAGGCACAGCAACGCAGUCUGACGGACUGGAGUUUUUCUGAACAUUUUAAGCCUAAAGUCCUGCUGCAGGUUCUUCAAGAAGCUCAUCAGCAGUAUCGGUGUGUGGAUUCAUACUACCAUACCCAAGACAAUUCCUUGCUUCUAGUUUUCCACAAUCCAAUGAAUGCACAACGUUUGCAUUGUGAAUUUUGGGAUGUUGCUCUUCACUCUAAUGUUGGAUUCAGGAAUUAUUUAGAACUUGUUGCAAAGACGAUUCAAGAUUGGGUCACAGAGGAAGAAGCUAAAUAUCAGGAACUUAGAAUGGCAGAGGAGCUGGAGAAGGCCAAGGCGGCUGAACAAGAAUUGAAAAACUUAGCUAGUCUCAAAAAUUCUCCCAGCAAAACAUUCUCUCCCAAAAAAUCUAAAAGUAUCAAAACAUCCAGCAAAACAGACAUAUCAGAAGAUAAAGAAAAGGACAUGCCUUUUGUGUUAGAAGGCUCUCUCAAGGCAUGGAAGGAAGAACAGGAGAGACUUGCUGAGGAGGAGCGCUUAAAGGAAGAAAAGAAAGCGGAGAAAAAGAGCAAAGAUGCAAACAAACGGAAAGGCAAGGACAAAGAAGAGAAAGAAGAGAGUAAGCCUGAGAAGAAAAAGCCAUCUUCCAAGAACAAAGCUAAAGAAGAAGUAUUGAAGAUUCCGGAACCAAUCGAGGAGAUCCCCCCGGAGCCAGAGCCCCAGCCUGAAAUAGUCUACCCGUUUCGAGGAUACAAUAUGGGAGAAAUACCCAUCCAAAUCUCUGGGGUAGACUACUACCUAUAUCCUUCUGACGGCGGGCAGAUUGAAGUACAAAAGAUGACGUUUGAAAGAGGUUCAACUUUUAUUAAAGUGAAAGUGAAAAAAGACAAGCACAGCUUCAUAAUCCACCUGAGGGACCCGAAGGAAAUCAUGAUAAAGCAAGAAGAAGAAAAGGAUGACUCUUCAGAAGAAGAAGAUGAAGAAGGGGAGGAAGCAAACAAGGACACAAGAGAAUCAUACACAAAGAAUACUAUUGUCAGCAAGUUUGGAUCCUUUUCUGCCACAUUAGAAAAUGGAAUCUGCCUCUCAAUUAGUUACUAUGGACCAAGUGGAAUGGCACCAGAGAAGAAGGACCCUGCCCUGGAGCUGAUGUUGAAUAUUCCUUCAGCACACACGCCCACGGUGGUUCCCGUGUUGGUGACCGCACCGCAAGGCAAAGGCAAAGGCAAAGCAAAAGGCAAAGAGAAACCCAGCAAGGAGCCCAUCAAGGAAGAGGAGCACCCCAAAGAAGAAGAGAAAAAGGAAGAAGUAGAACCAGAACCUGUUAUCCAAGAGACUCCUUAUGUUCCCAACUUCCAAAGCCUGAACGUGUCUUGCCCCAAUGGGCUCCAGUUAACCUUCCUUGGGCAAGAGCUUACAGAUCAAAAUGCCACAGAUGAGGAGCGGACUUGGGCCAUCACAGUUCGUCAGAGCUACCCCCAGAGGGCACAGCACUAUGAGUUCUACAAAACUGUGAUGCCACCCCCUGAGCUGGAGGCCUCAAGAGUUAUCACCAGCCAAGGCACUGUUGUCAAGUACAUGCUGGACGGAUCUACCCAGAUUCUCUUUGCAGAUGGCACUGUGAGCAGCAGUCCAGAUUCGGGUCCUGUAUGUGCCUCCCCAGAGAUGUCCACAAGCCCCCACAAUGGAGAUAUGAUGGACACAGCUUCUCAGCAAAAGUCAGAAACAGUCCCGUCAGAGAUUGUCAUCACAAAGAAAGGCAAAGGUCACAAAAACCAGUCUGGGACACAUAAGAAUGAACCCCACGAGCCUCCCCCGGAAGUUACUCAGUUGGUCACUCCCGUUGAUAGCCAUGUGGGCAUCUGGUACACAACCACACCUGAUGGAAAGCGGAUUGGCACCAAAGGAUCGGAAAGAAUUCACGACUUGGUCCCGUUCUUAUCCUUCCAGGCCACGGAUCCCAUCAACGAAACGGUGAUGACCACUCGAGAAGACAAGGUAGUCAUUGUGGAAAAGAAGGACGGCACUCGGAUAGUGGACCACGCUGACGGUACCAGAAUCACCACCUUUUAUCAAGUGUAUGAAGACUGCAACCCCCCUUCACAGGAUCAAGAAGCCACUGAAGGUUCGGGCUCUGUCACGAGGAGGGUGAAGUGCAUGCGGGUAGAAAGCUCACACCACGCCACUGUCAUCACAAACUGCGAGGACAGCAGCUGCUGUGUCACCUUUGGGGACGGGACGUCCAUCAUUGCAAAGCCACAGGGUGCCUACAAGGUGUUACCUCCCAACACGGGCUGUCUUUAUAUCGACAGAGAUUGUUCAGCCACAUACUUUCACGAAGCAGGCAGCAAUAUCUACCAUCCUUUCCAGAAGCGCGAGCAGCUCCGCGCCAGCCGCUACAUCAUGAAGCACACCUCUGAAGUGCUUUGUGAGGUCCUGGACCCCGAGGGGAACACCUUUCAGGUCAUGGCUGAUGGGACUGCCUCAACUAUGUUGCCUGAAAAAAAACUGGAUGAGGAUUUGAACAUACAAACUGAGGGCUAUGAGAGUUUAUCCUCAGUUCACUUGGAAAAGAAUCAUAUGCAGAUCUAUGGGGAGCAUGUCCCAAGGUUUUUUGUUAUCUAUGCCAACGGAUCAGGGCUGGAACUUCUGAGGGACAGUGACAUAGAGGAAUACUUGUCCUUGGCCUAUGGAGACUCGACCACCGUGGUUCUCCAUGAGCCCAUGCAGGAGCAGCCCGGUACCCUGAGCAUCACAGUGCUGCGCCCUUUCCAUGAAGGAUCGCCGUGGCUGCUGAAAAAAGAAUUAGACAGCGUGGUUCCUCCCAACCUCCGGUCUAGGUCCUGGGACACCUUUCCCUCUGUGGAGAGAAAAAUCCCAGGGCCACCAUUUGGCACUCAGAUUUGGAAAGGCCUCUGCAUUGAGAACAAGCAGCUGGUGAGCGUGCCUGCACCCAUCCUCAAGGGCCCCGACGUGCUCCAGAUCCGCCAGUUCUUCCAGCACGAGGUCAUAAAAGAUGAGGUGAAGCUGCAGCUGCAAGCUUCCCUGAAGGACUACAUAAACCAUAUUCUAAAGAAAGAAGAUGAGCUACAGGAAAUGACAGUCAAGGAUUCCCGAACAGAGGAGGAGAGAGGCAAUGCUGCGGAUCUUCUGAGGCUGGUUAUGUCUUUCCCUAAGGCAGAGGAAACUACAAAAGCUACAGCUACUGAAGUUGCAGCCCAUCUAGCUGAUUUAUACAAGAAAUCUCUGACUUCGGUUCCAGCAUGUCCAUCAGAUACAUUUAUGAAAGACUUCUUUGAAAAGAAAUGGAAGAACACAGAAUCGGGAAAGCACUGGAGAGAAAAGCUAGAUAAACAGAGGAAGGAAAUUGAGAAAACCAAAAAUUACCUAAGGGAAAUUAGGGAGAGAGACAUAGAACCCUAUUUCACAGCUGAUUUGGAGCUAUUAUACAAAUCUCAGUAUAAUUAUCUGAACAAGCUUGCCAAAAACCUGCCUCCUUUCACAAAGAGAGAAGACAGCAUGAGAGAAUCGAUCGUUCCAAAUAUAUUUGAUCUUCAGUCAGAGUCCAGUUCAUCUACAGUUUCAGAACCGGAAUCCCUAAAUGUUUAUAGUCUUCCCACAUCAGUGAUUUCAGAGGAUACCAAGAUAUCUGUGACCCAGGACGAUGACCACCUCACAAGAAUCACUGAAGAACCGGAAUCUUUGGAGCCCUGGAAAAUUCCAACGCAGUCAUUAUUGCAGGACGUGGCUGGACAAGCCAGGAAAGAAAAAGUGAGGCUGCCUCAUUAUCUGCGGAGUUCCAAGCCCAAGACUAAACCUCUCACAAAGACACAAGAUUGUGUCGGGGGCAAAGUGAAUACAUCCUCUAUCGCCUCUGCUGCCAUGAACAACGCCAAGGUGUCCCCUUUUGGGUUCCAACUUCUGCCUCCAUCAGUGAAGUUUGGAGUGCUGAGAGAAGGACAAACCUAUGCUGCCACUGUAAGGCUGCAGAACAUCGGCGUGGACUUCUGCAGGUUUAGAGUGAAGCAGCCCCCACCCAGCACUGGACUGAAAGUGACUUACAAACCUGGACCGGUGGCGGCUGGUUUGCAGACAGAGCUGAAGGUGGAGCUCUUCGCCAUGGCUGUGGGAGAGGAUGGAGCCAAAGGAUCGGCCCACAUAUUGCAUAAUAUUGAAAUUAUGACUGAGCAUGAUGUCCUGAUCUUGCCUGUGGAAGCAAAUAUCCUUUGAAGUUCAAUCUGAGUAAUCAGAAAUGGUAGACAUGAUCUAUGAGUGAGAACAGAAAGUCAAGUGUGUCUACCUCCAAAAUUUGAUAUUUAAAUCACAUAGGACAAAGACCAUGUCUUUCUCUAUUAUUUAAAAGCACCUGGUCAUAUCUAAAAGAUACCUUAAUACCAACUAAAAGUCAGGCAAUUAUCAAUGCUAUUG